AUGGUAGUCACAAUGAUUUUAGAAUUUGCUUGUUUCAAAUCGAAGGAUGUGCAAGAUAUCAAUCCAGAUUAUUUCAACGGAUUUGUUUUUCCAACCAGCUUAUGCAAUCGCCCUGACGUAGUUGUUCGUGUUGCAGUCUUGCCCUAUCAAGCAUUCCGUUCAGCACAGAUUGCAACCGAACUCAGCAAAACGGCUGUGGUUUCAUUUGAUAUUGAACCGGUUUUAGCACCUCAAAAGCUUGAAUGGCGAAAACGCGAUAGAUUACAGCAUGAAAGAACAGUUUGGGAAAAGGCAGGAGUACCUGUUGAAGGUGGAAUUGUGAUUAACGGCAAUGGAGAUCCAAGACCACUACUCUGGUGGGCACGGUGGAUGAUUAGUAUGUGCCAUUUCUUGCCGCCUUUCGAUUCGGCCUCGUACUACCCAUCUGAGAGCAAAUGGGGAGACAAUGCGACGGUUGAAAUCGGAGUGGUGCUGGUCGGCGGUACUGGAGUGAGCGUGUUUCAUCAAAUAGAGGAUGAAGAAUUUAGAGAUUUUGGGUUCUUCCGGUUAAAAGUAACUGUUUGUAUCAAUUAUUCUGAUGCAUUUUGA